AUGUCCAGGUUUGUUCCAGGACCAACGGCCAAAAAUGGUCUUUCUCAAUCAGUUCAUGCUCCAAUGCAGCCUCUCCUGAAGGCAGAAAUCCCAAGAAAAACUGGAGCUGGUAGCGAAGAGAAUGACAGGUCACGUCUGAGUGAAAGCAGGCAGGUCUUACGUUACUACCCUUCCCAAAUCCUCAGCUGGAGUGCUCCGGUAGUCAACUACAAAGCCGCUUGUGCAACGGCAUUCAUGGUGAAGGAAUUUCAGCUUGCGUUGUUGGACAUUCCAUCAGGAGUGGAGUUGAACAAGAUGCAGGAUUCAGACCAGAUCUUUGUUCGGUUUGUUUACAAGCUGAUGAUCAAACCAUUCCCGACUCAGAAAUGGUCCCAAAUGCUGCAAGUUUGGCGGAGCUUGUGGUAUUUCUCAGAUUCUAGCCUGGCCAAAUCACAUCGAUCGAGACAAACAGCCCAGCAUAUAUUGAUGAUCAAGAGGUUCCUUUGGAUCUCGGAUUUCAUUUCCGAAGUCACGAUCCCUCAAUUUUUUGAACACCCCGAGGUGGGUUCGGACAGGCCCAGCGGGUCAAUAAAAUACGAUUAUUCUCUGAUGGCAACCGCAGAAGUAAAUAUCAUGAGACUGCUAUUGAGUGGAAGUGAUGGAUCGAAGAUCUUCAAGAGAACCCACAACACAUCACUGCUUCGGAUCAGUGAUCCUUUGAACAGAGGAUGCGCAGACGGAAAUGAGGAUCUUGAUCAUCAGUCGGUCCUCGAGUUGCUCCAUGCCAAAGCCAAGUUGAUUGUUCCAGAGACAUCAGGAUUGGAACUUCAGGCCAAAAAGCUGGAAGAAUCAAGCUCGACUCAUGAUCCAUUCUUGAAGAAGCUGAUGGAUCAGUAUGGAGAUGAAUUUGUUGGACAUGAUUGGAGCUCCAUUAACCUCAGUGGCAUCCCUUCCUCUGUUGAAAACAGAAUCGAUUCUAUCUUCACGACACUGAAGUUUGAUCAGAAACAAUCGACGCCUGCUUCGGAUCGAUUGCCGUACUUUGAUAGGUUGUCUUAUCUGUGGAUCAGGGAGGCUUGGGUUACACUUGAGAUCCACCAACCGCCACGCGUUCUAUCAUUUUGUAACCGGGAAAACUUCACCAAUUAA